UGAAAGGGAUAAAGCGGAACCCGCUGGCACUGGGGAAAGCUUCCAACACACAAUCCACAACACAGCUUGGGAACUCAAAAAAGCUACAGAUCCAGCCACUCAACUCCAAGCAUGUCAGAAUCAUGUGCAUUCUCCCAGCACAAGAAAGGAAAAGGGGGAAAGAAACCAGUGAUCGAUUUUUAACAAAAGGAGUCCUGAAAGGCAGAAUUUAACAGCACAGCUACCUGCUGGAAAGAAAAAGAGAGAGAGAGAGAGAGAGAGAGAGAGAGAGAGAGAGAGAGAAAGAGUUCUUUUUCCUCUCCAAAGCACUGCCUUUGAUGUAUGGCAACUGAUCACUGAUCAGAUUACAGGCAUUUGGUCUCAGUGCUCGUCUGCCUUUGAUCUGCAUGGUUAAUUUUAUUUUCCCGGAUUUGGAGUUUCGUCUGGGCUUGUGCUGACAUACUUCUUCUUUUUUUUUUUUUUUUCUUAAGGAGGUAAAAGCAUUUAAUACAGAAGCUCUGGCAGUGUGAAAUUAAGUUGCAGAAAGCCUGGGCACUGGGAGACUUCACCAUAUAACAGGUUUAACUGUAAGAAAUGGAUCCUAAAGGAUUACAAGGAGAAGACAAAUUGAAGAUGCUUAUUAUCUUACUAGCGUAUUUGCUAAGUAGGGUAAUCUGCGAAACUGGAGAUUGCAGAGAACAAGAAUUUAGAGAUCACACUGGGAACUGUGUUCUCUGCAAACAGUGUGGACCAGGAAUGGAACUCUCAAAGGAAUGCGGCUUUGGAUACGGGGAGGAUGCACAGUGCAUGACUUGCAGGCCAAACAGAUUCAAGGAAGACUGGGGCUUUCAGAAGUGCAAGCCUUGUCUGGAUUGUGCGCUAGUUAACCGUUUUCAGAAGGCCAACUGUUCUGCCACCAGCAAUGCGCUAUGUGGAGACUGUUUACCGGGUUUUUAUCGGAAAACCAAGCUUGGAGGCUUUCAAGACAUGGAGUGUGUUCCCUGUGGUGAUCCUCCUCCUCCCUACGAACCCCACUGUACCACUAAAGUAAACCUCGUGAAGAUCCCAUCAACUGCUUCCAGUCCUCGAGACACUGCUCUAGCAGCAGUUAUAUGCAGUGCACUUGCUACAGUGCUCUUGGCUCUUCUUAUUCUUUGCGUUAUCUAUUGCAAGAGGCAGUUUAUGGAGAAGAAACCAAGCUGGUCUUUGAGAUCACAAGACAUUCAUUACAGUGGGUCUGAAUUGUCGUGUUUUGAUAGACCACGGCUAAAUGAAUACAACCACAGAACAUGCUGCCAGUGCCAGAGGAGCACAUCACAGACCUGUGGGCCUGUUCAUUUGAUUCCUUCACUGUGCUGUGAUGAAACCUGUAGCAUGGAGCACAGCAGUCACAGCUGUGCUUUGCACUCACAGACUACGCUUAAUGAAAGGGCUUCUGAUUCUGUUGGAGAAAUGAUUCCUGCCUUCCUUGGUUCUCUUUCACGCUCUGCUUGUGGAGACAUUUCAGAUGCUUGGCCUCUGAUGCAAAACUCAGCUUGUUGUGACAGCAUUUCUUUCUGUGAAUCAUAUUCAGAACUGGCUGGAGUUGCUGCAAAACCCUGCAGUCUGGAGACUGAAAAUGCAACUGCCAUUGAGUCAGAUAAUAACCCAGAGCUAAGUGAUGCACUUACUUCAGCUAAGUCUUCUGAUGGAAACACUGCAAAGCCCUUUGAAAUCUCCAAGCAUAGAACAUAUAUAGAAGUUUCAUCACUUCAGAACUCAGCCGCUGCUGAAUCCCAGCCAAAGACGAAGUGUAAUGGAACAGCAGAUGACUCUACAGACUGAUAAAGAGGAAAGGAAGCUAUUUCCCUCAGCACUACAACAUGAUGCUUCCCUGUUGCUCGUCCACUGAUUGUCAUCAAAUCACCCGGUCUUCGGUGUCACACAGUUUCAAAACCAGCUGGAAAAUGACGGCAUCAUUUCACACAUUCUAAGAAGUUGCACCUGAGCUGUAACAGCUGCAAAGUGAAACUUUAAGGAGCAACCUAGGAGAACCCUGAGAGCAGGAUUAGGAACAUUUGCAUCUCUUAUUGAAAAAGAACCUUUUAGUUCCUAAGAUUCUCAAGAAGUCCAAUGGAAUGAGCAUACAAAUGUGUGUAAAUAUAUCAAGACAUACAGAUACGUUAACGUGUUUACAUGGUUACCUUCAAUAUGGCUGCAGAUGUGAGAAGGCCUGGGACAAGACUUUGCCAGUUUCUCUGCUUGCACAUUUGCAUUUGAAAUUGUUUUCUGGCUGCAGUUUUUAACUCACUUUCCUGCUGUUGAAGGACUUAAGAAUGAAACAUUUCUAUUUAUGUGAGGAUUCUCUAUUGAUAAACUGAAGCUUUUAUUGUAUCUUACAUUGUAGUCAAUAAGCUAGUCUGGGGAAUUACAAUAUUUGCAUGUUACAGAUGAUGUAGUUGAAGUCCCUUUCACCCAAUUACUUUGUUUGUGGGAGGGAACAUUGUUUUGUUCAGUGUAGCAGGAGAUUGGCCGUGCACUAGGUUUAGUGAAAGUCAACUCUAUAGAAAGGGAUGUUACGUUGCUGGAAGUCCCACUGUGGGAAGAUAGCACUUGUUGGUGUAUUUUUUAUGUUGAAAUACAUGUAGUCAACUCACAUCAAGACAGCAGAGUCAGCUGGUGUGUCACACAACUGUUCAUGCUGUGAGAUCUAUUACUAAUGUUUUUUGGUAAUGAAUUAUUUUCAUUACUUAUGUGAUAGUUUCAAGAUUCAUGGUGAUUUCAUUCACUCAUUUAGUGGACUUCCUGUCUUUAAUUCAGGUCACUGUCCUUCUCACGGUCACAUUUUGUGUAAAUUCCAUAUUACACAUUAAAAUAGAUUCCAAGCUUUUUUUUUCUUUUUACCAGCUCUGAAUAGAAUCCUUGGAGUUACCUGUGUGCCCAGUUUAUAAAUAUCAACUUCCUUCCCUCUUUGUUUUUUAUGGCUUUUGUGACUGCAGGUUGUUGUAGCAUUUCCUAUAAAGAUAUGGAUUCUGCGGCCAUUUUUCCCUAAUCUAGUUUUAACUUCUGUGAGUGAUCCCUGUAACCUCUGCUGGCUCCCUGCAUCCAACAGGCUCCAACCUGCCAGUUGUGACCUCAACAAUCCUUCUGUAGAAAUUCCCAAUGAUGUGCCUUGACAAAAGCAAAGCGAUCAGCAAAACAAAUGCGAUUUUGCAUUCAGUGUGACUCAUCUUUCUGCACGUGGUUUGUACGGCAGUGGAAACGAUGAGACGAUCAUGUUCCACAACACAAAGAGACUUCUUUGAAGGAGCCGGUGGAAGAUUAACCCUGUACAAUGGUUAGGCUGAGUACAGGCAGCCAAAAUCAAUGAGAUCGUUAAUGUGUGCAAAGAAAACUGUUGGUUAACAGCUGUCAAAUUCAAGCCAAAGUGAAGAAACUACUUAAGAGGCUUAUUUUAAUUAGUAAUGACUCCUGUUUGAUCUCGUACGUAGAAGAAUACUCGGUUAUACAAGGAGUAUAAUUACACAACUCAGUACUGAAAAGUGUACGAUCAACUAAGAGUGGUUUUGAAUCACUUCUUUGGACACCUUCACACAUUCAAUAAGUUCUGAAAUGUUAUUUUUCACUAACUGUGCAUGAAGAGAUGGGUGCCUCUCUGUAAAUACUUGCAAAUAGAACAAAAUCCAGCGUGCAUUUCAUUACGUGGUAGGAUGUUUAUAGAACGUGUGUGUUUUUAACCUCUCAUUAAUAACAGCUCUUUAAACUGCUGUGUUCCAAACUGUUGCCGGCAUCUGUCACAGUAUGUUUUCCUAUUGGAAUUUAUGCUUUGUAUAAUGCUUUUGUCCGGCAACUCCAGGUAGAAGAACUCACAUCUUCACAUGAGUGACAGGUGGCUUCGGAGCAAAGUGGGAGUAGAAAUGAAAAGAGUGCUGUUCAUGUAUGUGUAUAUUGUGUAUAUAUUUCUGUCCUUAAUUUAACCAAAUUGGUCUUUUUUAUAUUGCCUGUGGCAAGCAAUGUUGUACAUGCGAAUAGAAAACAUACACUACCGCCGCAUUGUGACUGCCCACAUAGCACAUCUAAGGACUUACAGUGCUGUUUUAAAUGAUCUUAUAAAGAAUGUAAAUUAAAACCUUGUAUAAAUUGCUUUGUAAUACUUCUUCUUCUUUUUUUUUUUUUUUUACUUGUGAAUAAAACCUUACUUGAAUUCA